AUGAUUCCAAUUGCACAUCCUCUUGCUAAGGGCACAACAGAGCAAAUGAUAGCCGCUCUGGCCAAUGAAUAUGCAGACAAGGCCAUGCUGGUGACAGGAAUAAAGAAGUGCCUAAGGCAUAUAGAGCAGGAGUCGGAAGGCCUGCUGGUGCUGACUGCUGACACAACACCCAUGGACCUAAUUACACAUCUCCCUUCACUUUGCGAAGAACGGGGAAUCAAGUACGUGUUUGUUAAUGACAAGGCAUGCAUUCCAAACAGAUUCACCUGUGUGUUUUUUGGAAUGCAAGAGCGACAGAAGGUUGAGGCCAUAACCGCAGCGCUUGACCAGCAGUAG